UGCCAAAGGGAUUAAAUCACAUGAAUUUUGCGAAAAUCUAACGUAAAUUACAUAUUAAUAUAAAUUACAUGCAAAUUGUUCUAAAUUAAAGUUGUACGUUGUCUUCUGUUAGUGUUGUUAUGUAUUUUGUUGUAAAUUGUAUACUGUAGUGUCCUUCAUUGGAAGAAAACACAUUUGCGUGAUGAGUAAAGCCAACGCUUUAGCGGGCUUGAUCGGGAAUUAUGGGGAUUCCGAUGAUGAAUCUGAAGAUGGGGUGACGAAUACACCACGAGGGGCGGUUGAUACUGGUGCAUACAGAGGCGCUAUUGCCGAGGCGCAAGUGGCUGCUAUUCAUCCGGCUCCCAUACCUCAUUGCCCAUGGUCAGCGUGCUAUGAUGAGACCAGUGGGUUCACCUACUACUGGAACCAACUGACAAAUGCUGUAACAUGGGAGGCACCGCCAGAGUACUUGCUUGCGCUCAAAUUGGCUCAGCAACAGUUGCAGUCAGCAGGGUCAGAAGUAUCAGCAGAGGAAUGGCAACUGUACCAACAAGCAUUAGCCGAAAAACAGCUUUUGCAACAGAAAUCUGUUAAGCCUGUUGUUAAGUCCGAGUCAAAACACGACAAACCCAAGGAGAGAGACCCCAAGUAUGCCGCGAAGGGCAAGAAACGAAUCUCAUGUGUUAGUGACGAUGAAGAUGAAAAAAUAGAACUGAUUACCUCCUACUACCACUCAGAUUCUGAAUCAAAUGAUGAGACUGAGAGCCCACUCAAGUCUUCCACUCAACCUAAGCCACAAACCCAAGUGCCGAAGCAACCCUUCAAGAAACAGAAGACUAAACCAACUCCAAUUGAAUAUGGGCCUCCGUUGCCUCCCAAUCAAAGUUAUACAGUGCCUAUAGGUCCAGAAUUGCCUCCUAAUUCGCUCAGUGAUAAGCCUAAGUCACCAGAAAUGAAAAUGGAGAUUGUUCAAGAUGACGUCAAGAAUUCGCCAAAGGCACAUGAUAAUGAUGAUAAUAAAGACGAGUGCUCACUGUUACUGGAAUUAAAAGAUAAGGCUAAAUUAUUAGAAAAGCUAGGUGGAGAAAUACCCUCUGACCUACAAAAAUUAAUUGAAAGUGAGAGUAAAUCUGUAACUUCGUCGCCUAAACUUGAUAAUAAAGUCAAAGUGGACACACCAAACAAUAGUCAAGGUGAUAAGUCUACUAGUGGUACUAAUACACCCAUUACGUCAAUGGACACUAAUAUCGACGAUCUGUUAGAAGAAAUAGAAAAAAAAGAACUUCCCAAAGCAAAGAAAGUAAAAAUCGACAUGUUUGGUGAUGAAGAAAUAUGUAAGUCUAAUGAAAGUAGUGCUAAGAAUUCUCCAAGAAGUACUGAUGACAAGACGCCGCCUAGGGAAGAAAUUAAAUCUUUGUUCCCUAGCAGUAAGGUCAUAGUUGACGAAAAACCUAUCAGUUUAUUCCCUAGCGCAAUAAAUAUUCAAGAAAACGGAAUUGAUAAAACAGACAAGACUCCACCACAAAAUGCAACAGAGAAGAAAACAAAUGUGUACUUAAUGGAUAGCAGUGAAGUUUUGGGUAACACUAGUCGAAAGAAAUUGAGGAUAUCCAAUUCAGUACUGCCAGUCAAAAAAGCUUCCGAGCUACCUUCGUACACCACAAAAUAUUCUACUCACAUAGAAGGGUUUUCUACUGAGCGAAUAGGGUUGGGGUUCAGUAAAGACGAAGACGACGACGAAAGUCCAAAGAAUACGAUCACUUACGGCAAAGGACUGACGUUCACCAAAGGCGAGAUCCUGAACGAGGACAAAAAAGACGAAGCACUGGACGAGCUGACGGAGCUGGUGGAGGCCAAGUUGAAGUACCUGAACCAGCUGCAGCCGUGCACGGUCACUCCAGUGCAAGAAAUGUUGAUACAGAUGCAGACGCUGGUGGGCGCGUUCCGGUUCGGCGCCCUGUCGGGCCAGUACUGGCGGCGCUGGGCCCUGGCGGCGGCGCGCGCCUUGUCGGCGCACGAGGCGGCCGCCGCGCCGCCCGGCUGGACCUGCGUCUUCCAGAGGUCGGAGGGGCGCUACCAGUAUGUACGAGCGGAUGGGCUGGCGCAAUGGGAGUACCCCGCGCCGCAAACCACCGACAUGGACAUCUGCACUACGCCGCCGCAUCCUUCGCAAGAUAUUAAGGACGAAGUACCUCUGAAUCCUCCCCUUCCGGAGACACCCCCCGCCGCAGUUCCUCCUCCACCGCCGCCGCCCAGCGAGUGCUGGUCCCGAGCGCGCGUGGAGACGCCGCCGCCGCCCGCCUGGUCUGACCCUCCUCCGCCGGGCACGGACGACCCUCCGCCUUUGCCACCGGAGCAACCAAAGCAAGAGAUAUCAGACGAGCUCCUGUCGUUCUACAACGACAUUGCAGAGUUAGAGAAACAAACGGACCCAAUAAAGCCGUGUACGCCCGAGCCGCCGCCGCCGCCGGUGCUCUCCGCGCCCUCGGAGCCUGCAGCGCCUGCAGCGCCUGCGGUAGUUGCAGUGCCUUCAGCGGCCACAAUAUCUGCAGCGCCUGCAGCGCCACAAGCCGAGAGGAAGGAGGGCAACACUGACAAAGAGAGAGAUGGAAAAAGCAAGAAGAAGUCUAAGGUGAAAAUAUCAUCCUCCAUGGGAAUCAAGCACAAAUCCGUUUCGACGUUGGUUGCGAAAUGGCAACAGGUCGCCGAUGAAAUUCAUUCCGACUAAAAUUAGUACAAAUGAAUAAAAAAAUAAGUAUAUAUUGAUUAAAGUCAAUUUCAAAAGAAAUUAGUUUGCAUGCCUUGAGGAUGGUCGAAAAACAGGAUGUUACCCUUUGGCUAAGUGUUUAUAAUUUGGUAGAAAUAUACCGUAGAUUGUAGAGCGAUCUCCAAUUCUUAUUCUGUUUCUACGAUUAUCACUAGGCGCUAUUUACGGGCGUAUAUAAAUUAUGCCUUUUCAUCGUCAAAACCA